AUGCAUUUAGAAUAAGAAAAUAAGAGAUUAUCAGAAUAGUCUCUGCAAAUUUCCAAAUCUAAAAAUCAACUCGAAUUAUAAUGCUAAUAAUUAGAUUAAGAACUAAUUAAAAAACAAGGAUCCUUAGACACUCUCUAAUUGAAAUAAAUGGAAUUGAAAUCCAAUUUUGAAAAGUGUUAAGGAUAGGUAUAAGGAUUAGAAAACGAGCUCAAAAAGAAAGAGACAAUUAUACUCAAUUUGGAAUAAUAACUUUAAACGUAAAAAGGAUAACUAGAAUAAAUUACACAUAUUGAUACAUAAAACAAAAGUGAAAUUAAUCAUAAUUUUGCAAAAAUGAAGGAAAUGCACAAUGAUCUUAUUUUGUAUGAAAAAUAAGUAAAGUAAAUCAAUUCAGAAAAUUAUUAACUCAAAUAAUAAAAUUAGAUCAUAAUUGAGAGAAAUGCCUAAUAAGAAAACGAAAUGAAAAAGAUGAGAGAAUAAAUAAUGCAUUAGGAUAAUCGUAUAAGAUAUUUAGAAAAUGAAAUCCAUAACUAAUCUUUUUAAUAAAAAUUGACUACAGCUAGACCUAUUUAAUCUUAAGAAAAAGGAUUUCCAAAUCAAUAUCCUUCUUCUCAACAAAAUACCCUUCAAGGAUCCUUUAAUAAUCAAUUCAAUUAAUAUAAAUGA